CUCCAAAGUCACUUGCCCAAGCCUCUCUCUUCUAAAGCCCUCAACCAAACACACGCUCUGUCAAGAUUCGCAGUCUCGCUCGACUCCCUCCGUUCCUCGACUCAGUCAGCCCAAGUCUGGAAAUCGGGGACGCAAAGCAGAAUCGAUUCCAAAAAUUACCGCCAUGGCUUCGAAGCUGCUUUUGUUGGGUAGGCUCUUGAGGUCUGCGAAGCCGUCGCUAGCAUUCCCUUCCUUAAAUUCUUGCUCUUUGGUUUAUGGGUCCCGCCUUCUUCCUUUAAAGGCGUCCCAAAUUCUGGGUUUCUUGGAGAAUAUACACCUGCCUCCUCCUCCUUCGUCCUCCUCUUCUAGAAGCUUUUGCUCUCGCAGUUUGAACGUUGAAGGGCCCGCUGCUAUUGAUUACCGUUCUAUACUGCAGGAGGAUGAAUUCCACAGACUGGCAGAUAACGCAAUACAUGACCUGCAAGAGAAACUCGAGGGCUAUGGAGAUUCUGUUGAAGUUGAUGGGUUUGAUAUAGACUAUGGGAAUGAUGUGUUGACUGUAAAAUUGGGGGAUCUUGGCACCUAUGUGGUAAACAAACAAACACCAAAUAGACAAAUAUGGCUGUCUUCUCCUGUCAGUGGUCCAUCUAGGUUUGACUGGGAUCAGGAAGCUAAAGCUUGGAUUUAUAGGCGGAACAAAGCAAACUUGUACAAAGUCUUAGAAGAUGAAUUGGAGCAAUUGUGCGGCAAGCCCUUAGUUCUUUCCUAAGCUGUUGGGAAAGUUUACCUACAAUCUGAGUUUCUUUUUUAAACAAAGAAAUAAUUGAUGAUGAAUUUUGGUGUUUAUUUGUACUUUUAGGCUCUCUUCUCGCCUUUAGCUCUAUUUGAUUGUAUCAAUUACACUGAUUUAUAGUUGAUUGUGCCAUCUAAAUAAUAAUCUCUAUAAGAAAUCCACGUUUACGAUUGCGGUCA